ACACUAUCACAAUGUUCCAAGAAUCAGCACGUUCCUCCCCCCUCGCUUGAUCACUUCACUCACUAAAAUACACUCCCCCAAACAAAAUAUCUUUGGAUGAGACAGGCCAGAAAUUUCCAUUAAAAUCUCUUUCUUACCUACACUUUGUGUGGUAACACACCGGAUAUGUUGUUGUGUACCUAUUCAAUACAGACAAUGUGAGCGGGCUUAGUAAUUCUUUUGAACAGCUCCUUAAAUAGUUCACCACAUACUAAUUUUCUGAAACACAUCCCCAUUUAUUGGGAAAAAGAUAUUUGUUCUGUGGCGCCUCCCUGCAUAUGCCACAAUGUGUUUUGUGGCAUAAAAACAAAAAGGGUAGAGAUAUCAAAAUCUUAAUUCAAGAUUACAACUUUUUUCUUGUGGUCUUACAAAUUUUGAAUCUCAAGGGUCAUUCGCAGAUCUCUUUUUUUGUUGCAUCUUUUGUUAUGGAAGCUUCAAGGAAGUACAUUAGCAGUAAGGAACUCAAGAAUCACAACCAACCAGGGGAUCUGUGGAUAUCCAUUGAGGGUAAGGUGUAUGAUGUAUCAGAUUGGGUGAAGGAACAUCCUGGUGGUGAUUUCCCAUUGUUGAACCUUGCUGGUCAGGAUGUCACUGAUGCCUUUGUUGCAUUCCAUCCUGCUACUGCUUGGAAGUAUCUUGACAAGUUCUUUAAUGGGUUUUACCUCAAGGAUUAUUCUGCUUCUGAGGUGUCUAAGGAUUAUAGAAGGCUUGUAUCUGAGUUCACUAAAAUGGGGUUGUUCGAAAAGAAAGGCCAUGUUUGUUUAUUCACCAUGUGCUUAGUGGCAAUGUUGUUUGCUACAAGUAUUUAUGGAAUCUUGUGUUGUCAAAGUGUGUUGGCACAUUUGAUAAGUGGUGGAUUGUUGGGGUGUCUUUGGAUUCAGAGUGGGUGGAUUGGUCAUGAUUCAGGGCAUUAUCAGGUAAUGAGAACCCGUGGGCUCAACAGAUUUGCUCAAGUCCUUACUGGGAAUUGUCUUGCUGGAAUCAGCAUUGCUUGGUGGAAAUGGACUCACAAUGCUCACCACAUUGCCUGCAACAGUCUUGAAUAUGAUCCUGAUCUUCAGCACAUGCCAUUCUUUGUGGUAUCUUCCAAGUUUUUCAGUUCACUAACUUCUCAUUUUUAUGAUAGGAAGAUGACUUUCGAUUCUUUUACUAGAUUCUUGGUUAGUAAUCAACACUGGACAUUUUAUCCUGUUAUGUGUUUUGCUAGAAUCAAUUUGUUUGCUCAGUCAUUCAUAUUGUUGUUAUCCAACAAAACUGUGCCCCAUAGAGUUGAGGAGAUUUUGGGGGUGAUUUCAUUCUGGAUUUGGUAUCCGUUGCUUGUUUCUUGCUUGCCAAAUUGGGGUGAAAGAAUUUUGUUUGUUAUUGCUAGUUUCACAGUGACUGGAAUUCAGCAUGUUCAAUUCUGUUUGAACCAUUUCUCGUCUGAGAUUUACGUUGCCCCACCUAAAGGAAAUGAUUGGUUUGAAAAGCAAACUAAUGGUUCUCUUAACAUAUCAUGCCCUAGUUGGAUGGAUUGGUUUCAUGGUGGAUUGCAGUUUCAGAUUGAGCAUCAUUUGUUUCCUAAAUUACCAAGAUCCCAACUGCGGAAAGUUUCUCCCUUUGUGAAAGACCUUUGUAUAAAGCAUGGCUUAACUUACAAUUGUGCCUCCUUCUUCAAGGCUAAUGCUUUGACCAUCAGCACCCUCAGAGCUGCAGCUUUUCAGGCUCGGGAUUUAACUAAGCCUGUUCCAAAGAAUCUAGUUUGGGAAGCCGUCAACACUCACGGUUGAGAUUCAGGAGCUCAAGGAAAUCCAUGGAUUGGAGAAAAGUACUUUCGCUUUUAUUAUCUAUGCCUAGUAUUGAUCAAUUCUAGCAACGACAAUCUUCAUCUUCUUUUUUCUGGGAAUGCAUAUCAUUGUAAUAUCUAGAGAGAACAAUUGUACUAAGUCAUUCUGUUAAGUGUUAAGGCUUAAUUGAUUGUAUUUGUGCUAUGUAAAAUAAAUAAAUUCAGCUAUAUGUAUUGAGAUACAUGAUAUGUUACGACUAUUAAUGUUGUUUAAUGGCACUAAUUGUCUUA